CGUGACUACCUCGGCUUCCAACUAUUCUUAAGAGACGUCCUCCUCUUUUCGAAUCUCACCACCACCACCUCCUACCCUUCUCCUCAUCCUCCCACCCAACCACACACUAUCCCCCUCCUCUUCGACCAACCUCGGCCGACUUCUCUCUGUCGCCGUUCUCACACGAGCUGUCCCCCCACCACACUCAUACAACAACCAUCCAACCAGGCAAAAAUGGCCAAGCCCAGAUGCCCAGCCAAGAUCGAGGGCAAGGAGUGCCGGAAGCUUGCCCACCCCAUUGUCGGCAAGUGUGACGACUGCGGCAAGCUCUUCUGCAGCGCACACAGGUUCAUGGAGGAACACAACUGCGAGAUGGCCGAUGUGACCAAGACCAAGCUGUUCCAGGAGAACGCCGCUCAGCUCCUCAAGGAGCGUACACAGGUCGUCAGGAUAUAAGAUCAUGGUCCACCCAAAUAUACGAUCUACAAUGAGAAAUCUCGAAUGGUCGCCGUAUACGAUUUCAACAAGUCUCUAGACGAGUCACACAGCGCCCUCAAACUCACUUUCGAGAGAGUAAAAGGGAAAGAGACAGACCUCAUAUACUCUUGGACGACGUCAACACUAUACACACACACACACACACACAUAUACACACACCAGAAAACACGCAACACUGGCUGCGUGAGAGGGAACGGAUGAGGAUGAAACCUUCCACCCUCUUCUUUGUACCUUUAUCACCAUAAUUCACCCUGUUUACGCAUCGGCGCCUUUGGUGGAGGGAGGAGCCGGUUCUACCAAUUUACACUGAUUUUUUUUUAUUUAUUUAUUUGGUUUUAUGAGCGAGAUAUCUGUUGGCAUGGGAGGGUCUUUUUCAUCCUGCAUACUGCGCUGGUGAUAUGGACUGUUGCUUUAUUAGCCCAAGGGGCAGAGAUAGAUAAGAGAGACGAGGGCAUUACCAAGACGGGCGGGGGUAUGGAUGGAUUCGGCGGGUGUUGGUCGUGUGACUGCUUACAAACAGCCAACAUGAGAAUAACCGUUACCACCCCUACAUUCUCGUGAUAAUCCUACGAAUUGUAGCCUUUUAUUCCUCUAG